AUGCGUAAAUUGAUCUUCACAUUAAUUCAGAGUCUACAAUUUGGUGAGAAACUUUUGGGUGAAAUGUCAAAUAUUCCGUUUCCAAAAAUACAAAAUAAAAUGAGAAGAUCUGCAGCACCUAGUCGCUUAAGUCAAUCGUCAGUUUCAUCAUCUCAAGAUCUACAAUUAAGAAAAACGUAUGAAAACAAACCAGCUUCACUUAACGUCUCUAAUACUUCUAAACAAUUUGAUGUUGUUUCACAUGAUCCAAAGAGUUAUAGAUAUUUUGAAGCUGUUUAUGCUAAAUCAUCAAGUAAAAAGCAUAAAAAAUGGGAAGGUGAUGGUUUCGUUGAAAUUGACGGUCGUAUGAUAAAACUGAUGAAUGAAGAUAUGAAAGUAGUGGCAUCAACUUCCAGUCAUAAAUUAGCCUUUUUAAAUGAUAUAGAUGUUGGUUCAAUUGUUCAUAUAGGCUCUUAUGAAGCAGAACUUAUCUCACUUGCAGAAAAACAUCACUUACUGAAUAAGUCUGCUUUGAAACCAGUGGAAAAUACUGAAAAGGUGAAUGCCAGAGAGACUUCAAUCAGCAAGCUAAAUACAAAGUCGGCUGCAUGUUUGCCUAAGCCUUCAUCUAUGCCAAAAUAUGAGUUUAGUAAUGAUGUUUCAAAUCAAUUAGUUAUGCCUAGACCACCUGCUAACUGUAUUUGGUCUCAAAAUCCUGACUGUUUGCCUAUUGUAGAUGUCGCUUUAGAAUCGAAAUUCGCUUCACUUCUACAACCUCAUCAACGUGAUGGUGUUAUCUUUCUGUAUAAAUGUUUAAUGGGCUAUCAACCUUAUGUUGCUAUAAAUGAUUCGAUCACAGGAAAUAUUUAUGGGUGUAUCUUGGCAGAUGAGAUGGGUCUUGGUAAAACAGUUCAAGCGAUCGCUGUGAUAUGGUUAUUAAUUAAACAAGGACCAUAUGGUAAUCGACCAGUUAUUCGACGUUGUUUAAUUGUUACACCCGGUACACUUGUUCAGAAUUGGUCGAAAGAAUUUUCUAAAUGGUUAGGUCGUGAACGCUUACCUAUAUACUGUGUUGAUCAAAAUCAUUCGGUAAAGAAUUAUUUAACAACACCGGCUAUCAAUCGUCCUCAAGUUCUUCUUAUGUCUUAUGAAAUGUUUCUACAACACGCUAAUGAUGUGUAUACUAUCACUGAUUUAGAUAUGGUUGUAUGCGAUGAAGGGCAUCGGUUGAAAAAUUCUAACAUCAAUACGACGAUGGCACUUUGUAAAUUACGCGCCAAUAGACGAUUACUACUAACGGGUACUCCACUUCAAAAUCAUUUAAAUGAACUAUGGUCGUUAGCUAAUUUUUGUGUUCCUGGACGAUUAACUUCCAGCUUAGAAGAAUUUCGUCGUCAAUUUGUUAUCCCUUUAUUGAAUAGUCGUAAAUUACAAAGUGAAAAGUCUUCUGUUACCUCUGCUGGUACUACUGUUACUCCUCAUGAAUCAUCAGGUGAAGAGGAUGACAAUGACGGUGAUGAUGACGAUUUUUGGAAUUAUGAUACAGCUACGAUGGCCGCUGCUGUUAUUGGCGGUGGUGAUGACGAUAACGAUUGGGAUAGCAGUGAUUUAGAAAGCCCAUCAGCAAAAUUGAUUCGUCUAAUGAAUAGCUUUUUUCUAAGGCGUACAUCUGAUGUGAUUGCACCAAAGUUGACUAAUAAAACUGAACAUAUCGUAUUUUGUCGUCCAAGUAAACUGCAAACAGACUUAGAAUGUGUUCUCACCGAUUGGAUGAAUAAAACAUUUAAUGCAAAUCAUCGUCGAAGUAAAUUUGAAGAAGACGAAGAUGUUGACGGAAGCGAUGAAGAUUUUGAUGAAGCUAUUGAAGAUGUUUUCGCCUUCCCAUCAUCAUCAUCAUCAUCGUCGUCGGCGUCAUCAUCAAAGCAUCAUAAUACUAUUCUAUCGAUUAUAACAGCUUUUCGUAAACUACACAAUCAUCCAUAUUUGUUAAGCAGAUAUUUAACUCAAUUUGAUACAGGAAAAAAUUCUAUAGAUAAUCGGUUACCGUCGAAGUUGACAGAAGACUUAAUGCAAUUGUUAAAUACCUCCAAUUCAGCUAGUGAAGAUAUUCAUCAAAAGAAUUCCGGUGAAUUUAUCCGAUUGUCAGGAAAAUUUAACACACUCUAUUUCAUGUUAAAACGUUUAUUUCAUAAACACUCAUCGUCAUCAGGGUCGUCGUCGGCAACAUCUUCUGGUAUACAGAGUACCGCAAAACUUCCCAAACGACCAUGUCUGAACAAAGCAAUGAACAGUACUACUAUAAAUAAUGUACCUAUGAAAGAUCGUCUUAUUUUAGUCUCUAAUUUUACACAAACUCUUGAUCUACUCGAAAAGUUGUGUAAUUUAGUCACUGGACAAUCAUGUCUACGCCUGGAUGGUCAAACAACAAAUAAACAACGUAAUGAAAUAGUUCAAAGAAUUAAUGAUCCUAAAUCCAAUGAUUGUAUAUUGUUGCUUAGUUCACGUGCUGGUGGAACAGGUCUUAAUUUGAUCGGGGCAAAUUACUUGAUUUUAUUCGAUAUAGAUUGGAAUCCAGCAAAUGAUGCACAGGCAAUGGCACGUAUUUGGCGUCCAGGUCAGUUGAGACCAGUUCGAUUAUAUCGCUUAGUCACAGCUGGUGGUAUGGAAGAGAGAAUAUUUCAACGACAAGCAGCUAAGUUGGCUUUAACUAGUCAAACGCUAGUCAAUUCAUCAAUGUAUAAUAAUAAUAAUAACCAUCUGUAUAACUUUAUUGAUAAAAAGUCGAAUACAACGUCUGGAAUUCUUACUCGAGAUGAAUUGAAGGAACUAUUCUUAAUUCCAAAUACACAAACUGUAUCAUGGACACAUGAUUUAAUUCAAUGUAAUUGUCAGCGAUCUAUUGAAGUCGAGCCAAGCUCUAGCCACACACCAAGUCCAUCUCUUUCAACAACAUCUUCCUCCGGCUUAUCCAAUAAUAAUGAUCCAGUUAAAUUGGAACAUAAAGAUAAGGAGAAUAUCAAUCGAAAAGACCUAACAAUGCAUAAAGACACUGCUAGUACUACUGCUGAUGAUGAUGAUAGCGAUAAUGGUUGUAAUUUUGAUGAAGAUUCCGACGAUGAACUCUCUGAUAUUCGUGUAUUUCAAUUAAGUACUCUCCAUCCACAUUCAGGUGUUAACAGUGCUGCUGCUGCUGCUGCUAAUAAUAUGCUGAAAUCGCCUAAAUCACAAUUCAGCUUUAUUAAACAACAACAACAAUCGAUGUUAUCUUCGUCAACAUCUUUGACAAGAACUAAUUCAUCAUCUACAAAGACAACAUCAUCGUCUGAUUCACUUGGUUUCUUGUUGAAUUGGAAACAUUCUUUAUCUGUGGAUCAAAUGAGUCAAUUGAAAGAUCCAUUGUUGAUUAACAACUGUCAUCUGGAUCCUACGACAUCUUUAAUUAGUUGUAUAUUUACACUGGAGACAAAAACAGGAUGA